UAUAAGUAAAUCUUAAAAGAACUAAACUUUUUGUUGUUGUUUGUUUUUUUGAGACAGAGUUUCUCUAUGUAGCCUUGGCUGUCCUAGAACUCACUCUGUAGACCAGACUGUCCUGGAACUCAGAGGUCCACUUAUCUCUACCCUCUGCUUCUCAAGUGCUGGGAUUGAAGGCAUGUGCCACUACCACCUGGCUACAAACUAAAUCUCAUUACAAAUAUUCAUUGACAAAUAAUACUGAAUCUGAGCUCAGAGUGUAGAGGUUUGGGAUGCUAAAAAGCCAUAGAGCAAUAUCCUCUUUUGAUUUGUACACAAAAACUUUGUACAUAGACCUGUCUUUAAUGUUUUCAUAAACUGUUGGUGAAACUCAUUUACGAUAUUUAGUUUUCUGGAUAUUAGUCAAGCUUUUACUCCUAUAGUUAAGCCUUAUGUGAACAGAGUAUGCAGCUGAAGUUAAGAGGACUUUCUUCUUGAUUUUAAAGGGCAGAUUUUAAAAAUCUCUGGAGAAUUGACAGGAACCAUAGUGAAGUCUGGGUUACAGUUUUUGGUGCCCAGUAGAUUUGUGCUCAAGCUAAUUCAUUCUUAGGAGAAAUGUAUACGGAACUAUUGAAAUUACCUAGUUCCACAAUACAAAGAAUACUUCCUGGGUUUUACUCUUGUGUUAUCUAUUUUGUGUCUUAAAAAUUGGCAAUUUUUCUUUAGCCACGUGAGUAUGCAAUUCUUUUCUUGGAUUAGAGAGAGAUGCUUUCUUUGCUCAUGUGGUUUGGAAAGGCUUCCUCUCAUGGUUGUUUUCAGAGUGGGAGGCAUUCCAUUCUGAAGGUCAGAGAAGUCAUGACACAUAAUGGGUAAGCUCAUCAUCUCCUUACUUCACAGUGAUUUCAGAAGAGCAUGAUGCAGGCAGCAAAGUAAGCCUUGGUCAUGAUGUUCUGUGGCAGAACAUUUGGGUUUCCCUACAGGUGGAAUCAGUAUGAAGUGAGUCAUUAGUCAUCACAUUUUCUGGAAAAGUCAGAAGAGAAAAAGUUUAGUGAAAUUGAAUACAGGCUUAUAAUUCACUUCUGUCAUGCACAAGGGAGGAUGAUGUUCUGCAUUAAGUUUGUUCACCCAAAAGGCUCACAAUAGCAUUGUUCUUAUGCUAAGUGCCAACUAGAAAAGAAUAGAAAGAGAACACACGGGUUUUGAAGUCUUUAUUGGAUAUUAUUUAUGUUAGGAAUGUGUAAAGAUGCAUUGUGCAAACACAUCCUUUUUAUAUGAUGGAGAAGGGCAUAAAGACAGUGGUGGUAACAGGCAAUGUGGAGAGCUAAAAGUAGUUAAGGAAUGGGAAAAGGACAUGGAAAUGAGUACUCUGAAAGACCGGGUCAGGAGGGAAGUAUUGGAAAUCACCUUAGCUGAGGAACGGAGUCCCUGCAUAAAGGCAGAAGAGACUUUAAUUCACCACAGGUUUUCUGGAUCAAGAUUCCCAUUCCCCAGGUGGAGAUGAUCCCAAAGAGCAGGAAUCUGACUGACAGACAAGCCCCUGCAAAUGCUAUUGUGUUUAUUAAUGGGAAACCCCUUGCAAAUUCAAACUCUGACUAGAAGUCAUGUUUCAAAAGACCAAAACCUGUCUCAAUACAAAAAUCUACUUCUUUGAUGGCUAAAAAGUUCUUUGAAUUGAGUGAUUGAUUCAGUGUUCAAGGCUCCCACAUCAGAAAUGCAGACGUGUCAGAAGAAACAUUUCAGGGAUGUGUUAAUUUGAUUUUUAGCUUGUUCGAUGUUUUGGAUCAAAACUUGUUUUCAGAUCUGAUGGACUAACAGGGCAAACAGGAGCUAACAUAUUGGGAAUUUGAAAUUAAGGACUUUUCCAUAUUUCCAAUCAACAUUUCUAAAGAGUGUUUUUCAGGGUAGGUCAGUUGAGUCUUAGCCUUGGAUACCUUUUAGUUGUUGCCUGUUGGAGGACAGUGAUGACAGCUUGCAUUCCAAGAUGUCAUGGCUACUCAUAUUUUCUAUGAUAAUAUGAUUCUAGCUAAUAAAACAUUUCUGGAUUUCAUAGUCUGGAGAAAAAUUGCCAGCUUGGAAAGUCUACCAAACCAUGAGGAUGAGGAGAAAGGAGUAUAGUUGUCGGAUAGAAGGCUUUCGAUUCCUCUGUGCUAUCUAAAUAGAAAGUCUGGCCCCUUCCCCCUUCUGCAACAAUGUAUAGGAAACUUGGAAAUUUCUCAUUUAUUUACUGAGUCACUUUUAGGAGUACAUAAAAAUUCACUUAGGGGUAGAAAUUGUGUUUUAAAAAAAUCACAAAGCUUUUCCCUUCACAUUCUCCUCUUCUUCCCUUCUCCCUAGUCUUCCCAGGGACAGAUGUUUAGUUGAUUGACCCUUGUAUCUGUGCCCAGGCUCCUUCCUGUGUCUUAGUGCAAGUUGCCACAUGCAUUCCUAAAUUAAAAAAGUAUGUGACUGGCUUUGGUCUCCUAUCCAGCCUUUCCUGGCAUGCCAGUUGCUGUGGAUAGUAUUGGGUAGGAAGGCUCUCUUGCUUUUUUUUUUUUUUUUAGCUGAUGGUUGCUUACUGCAUUUAGAUUCAAAACUCCAAACUCAAAAAAUUCCUAGACACAGCAGUUUUAAGGUUGCACUGGAGCAUCACUGAGCUUAGUGGCAAAUACUCUUGUAAGGAAUAGUUAGGAAGCCAGCUUUGGUUUUCAAAGACAUAGCCCUCCAUUCAAAGCAGAAAGGGCUCAGUGGAUGGCUUUGACCAAGUGGGAUGCAUUCCAAACUCACACAGCUCCCAAAACCUUAGCUAACAUUAGGUUUCUAAUUUUUCUCUUCCACAACCUUCCUCAAUUCUCAUCGACCAAGGGUUCAGGCUUCUUUCCAUUCCUUCCCAAUAUUUUUGAUUAGAGGCUCAGGCCAAAACUCUCAAUAGGAAUGCUUCCCUGAUCUCCAGAGGCAAAACUUGCCUAAUUAAAGAUGGUCAUUGGCCAUGAAAAUAUCUGUGAAAUGAGUCUAUGGGAUUGAGAAUUUUAGCCCUCUGGGUAGGGCUAAGUUGGCUUCAGAAGGUGCCCAGAAAGACAAGGUCUCUGGAUUUUAGUCACCAAGAACCUCAAAUUCUCUACUGAGUUUUUCAGUCUACUGAAUGGGAUUGACUUCAAGUUGUAUGAUUUUGGGAUGUUGGACCUGAGUAACCUCUGAGGGUACCCAGGCCCAGGCAAAUCCCCCACCCUCCACCCCCCGCUGUUGAGCUGGAAGCAGGCUAGUGCUCUUGAAGACUUGUUUAUUUUUCUUGCCUGUGGGUUCUGCUUUUAAUGGAUCUUGAAGUCAACAAAACUCCCCACACGGUGGCUCUCUUGACUAAAGUUGGGCAUUGAAUGGUGAAUUUUAAAUGAGUAGUCCUGGAGAUUUAAAAAUAUUUUUCCAGAUUGAACUCAUUUCAGAAUUCAAGUGGGAGGCAAAAGUGAGAAUUUUAAUGGAGUUCACCUUUGACUGGAAGGGAGGCAGAAGUCAGGAAAGCCACUGUAGGCAAUAGUUCUGGGCAAGUUUGUUAUGAAAAGCAGUUCUGCUGGAUUAUCUUUCCUGUUCACUACAGGCUCUUUGGGAGGACCAGGGAAGGUGGCCACUGAGCAUGUAGUUCAGGAACAUAGACACCCCAGCCUAAAAUAUCAGACAGCUAUAACACAAAGAGAAACACCUCCUGUGUAGAAGUAGUUUGUUGAUAGUACUCAAUCUAAAGCUAGGAGGAAAUUAAGAGAAGAAAGGUAGCUUUGGAUCAUUCAAAGUCAGGAAAUAAGGAAGAAUUUCGAUUCUUGGAGAAAGUAUUAAACCUCAGAUAAAGGUGGAAAUAGCAUUAAAAGUGAGAAAUACUGUGCCCUGGAAAAAGUACUCCAAAAUAACAGCUUAUUUAAACAUUUAUUUAAACCCAAAUCACAGUAUAGGAAGCACUUCCACUUAAUUGUAAUUUCCUGUAUUUUUUGUGUGUAUAAGAUUCAAAUAGUGAAAAUGUAUACUAACAGCUAUUGAUGCUUCUAUUUCUCCUUGAAAAGAAGGGCUCUCAAGAUCUCUUAAUGAACCAGAAAUUUGUGAAUCUUCUGGAAUUACUCAGGUGCUUAGAAGUUUCUCAGUGGAUGUGAUCUUUCCUUAUUGCUUUCUUCUUCUCAUUUUAUUUUUAGUUAAAAAUAUUAACUAGCCCCAGGGAAGUGUUCCUGGUAGCAACCUUCACCAAGAAAACUUGUGCUGGGAAUCCUCCUGCAUUCCCAGUCUGUAUUUCCCCAAACAAAAUUCAAUAUGUAAGAGAAAUUUAAGAGACACACGUCUCACCCUUGCAAUCUUAAAAUUUCAAUUCCUGCAGAAAACAUAGUGCCAUGGUUUCAAUUUUUAAAAUCAGUAAGAGCCACAGAGUGUGAAAAUGUGCAGAUAAGGAAGGUAGAGAUCUAAAUACCAGGACUAAGAAGAAAACGCUCUGCACUGAGGCAGGGAUUAAGAAGGUUCUGAGCACUGGAACAUCCGUGGACACAGAACGCAAGGGAAGAUGAAUAUGAACAGUAAGAGCACCACUGCCAAACCUUCAGAUUUAGAGGUGAAAAUUAAACCAGUGGCAAUUUUCAACGUUUAUAGCAUCUGCGCCCAAACAGUUCAGCACCAAGAGCCUGGACAGCACCACAGGUUCUGCUCCUAGUCUCAUCCAUCAAUCUACUCAGAAGACAGACUGUCAACACAGCCCAGACUCAUUAGAUAUUUACUGAAAAUCCUCUGAGACUUUACUUUAAAACACGAAACGACUUCCACAUUUAGUUGCCUAUCCGGAAAAACAUACGCAAGGAAUUACGAGAUCUAAAUAAAAAUUAUUAAUAGGAGAGCUUGAUGGUGCUUAAUUCUAGAGACCAGAGUUGUCAUUGGUGGGGGGUUGAGUAAAAUGUAAAAAGAAGCAGGAACACAGUAAAAACACGACUUCACCAUCCUCUAAAUUCUAGGAGUUCUUUACUUGUCUUUGUGAAAUGAAUGAAAUCGAAAACCAUCAAAAUAAUUGGACUUCUUAAAAAUUGGAUUGUGUGAGUGAAAGGUGUUUAUCAGAAGCUGAUGACUCCGGAUCUUAUCAUCCUGGAGGACAGCACAGAAUAGUUAAUAUGUUCCUUGAGGGACUAGGAUGCUGACGUCUUUUACUGAUACCGGAUCAUUACGUGACUGGGAAAAAAGGAAGUCAUAUCAUGAAUAAAAAUCGGAGUGCAACAGUGCAACCAAAAUAUUCUGUACUUGAAGGCAAUUGCAGAUAGAUGUUGACAAAGAGGUGUCUCCUGAAACCACAUUCGGACAGCUUUUUUUGUUAACUGCAUAUAUAAAUACGAGCAGAAGGCCAGUCACCUCUGUCAGCAGCAGCAGAAGCAGCAUCUUCAGACUCAGCCUGAGACCUCGGAGCAGAGAAGACACCAGCUCCAGACAGUGACUGAUGCCUCUCUGGUUGUGAUUCCAGCGCAGAAACUCGAAGGAGCCCUUUGCCCGCCGUCCUAUUUAGUCAACUCUUUCCUAGCCGCGAAUGACCAUGUGUAGCGGAGCAAGGUUGGCCCUGUUGGUCUACGGGAUAAUAAUGCAUAACAGCGUCUCCUGUUCACCUGCCGCCGGACUCAGCUUCCCUGGGAUCAGACCAGAAGAAGAGGCUUACGAUCAGGACGGAAACCCGCUGCAAGACUUCUACGACUGGGACCCUCCGGGCGCAGGGAGCCCCGCCUCCGCGCUGCGUGACGCCUACGCCCUUUACUACCCAGCCGACAGGAGAGAUGUCGCCCACGAAAUCCUUAACGAAGCCUACCGCAAAGUCUUGGACCAGCUGUCCGCCAGGAAGUACCUGCAGUCCAUGGUGGCCAGGGGCAUGGGCGAGAACCUCGCCGCCGCCGCGGUGGACGACCGGGCACCCCUUACCAAACGCCACUCGGACGGCAUCUUCACAGACAGCUAUAGCCGCUACCGAAAACAAAUGGCUGUCAAGAAAUACUUGGCGGCCGUGCUAGGGAAAAGGUAUAAACAGAGGGUUAAAAACAAAGGACGCCGAAUAGCGUACUUGUAGCGAUGAGUUGCCAGCUACCGUGUGUAUAAAAUGAAAAGUCGUUUUCCAAAUUGACUGACCAGUCAUCACUCAUGUGUUCUUUCCAAACAUGUAUUUAUGUAUCAAGUAAAGCCAUUAAAUGACUAUUUUGAUAAUAAUAUUGUUUUUCUUUUUACGAAGCACUAGAGAAUGCACAGAUAUACUUUGUGGACCAAUUAUUGAUAUAUAUUAUAAGUAUAUAUUAAGAAUAUAUAUAGGUAUAGCAGAGAGCAAUUCAUAAGCGUGCACAAAGAUUGAAAAUUCGCCUGAGCUGUUUAUGUUUUUAUAUAAAAUGAAUAGAGAAAAUAGACAACCAUUGUUUUGAAUAUUACUCCUAUUUUUGUAAACUGGAAUUAAAGGAUAGUAUUUUUAUCCACAACCGGCUUGAAGAUACCAAUAAUGGCCAUUUGUACAAAAAAAAAUGAUGCCCUGCUCCAGGAGAAUUCUGAGGUAAUGACUUGGGAAAUUGCUGAAGGGCUUUCUUUCCUUGUGAGUCUCUGGGGCAGGCUGCUUGAACCCCAGCCUAACUAACUCAAGUGGGCAUUGUCCCACUGGUUGCGGGACAAUUCCAACACUUUCAUUUUCUUUGACUAUACUUUUAUGUGUAUCUGUCUCUCCUCAGAGUCCCAGCCCAUAAGGAAAUUCUAAUUACUGAACAGCUCGAUCCAAAUUGUGCUUCUCCCCAAAAUUCAUGUCAUUUCCUUGGAGAAGAGUCGAGGAACUGUACAGAAGAGACCAGCUUGGAGAGAAAGCGCUCUUUUUUGUACUUCCUGAUUCUUCAGGGAACUGACUAUCCUAAAGCUAGGGCAAUUGGAACAAAGUGAAAGAUAAAGAGAGGACUGGAAGGGGCAGAGCAUGGGGUGUGGAGGAGGACCCUGUAGAGGGACUGAUUUGAGAGUUGCCUCAGGUCUGAGAAUCUGGGGGCAAGUCUAGUCCCUCUGCAGGUUCCACUGCCUGACAGAUCAGGUGCUGGUGUUGGAAUGAAUGAAUGCAAAGUACAAUGUGUUUUUCUCCAGUGCUGUCCAUGCUUUUCAUGUCGUGAAAUGACCAGGAUCCUCCCCUUUGAACACUGCUCUGCAGAAGCCACCCCUAUUCUUUGUGGUUUUUCUGGAGAACCUCCUUCCUACCCUUGCCCUCCUGCACUGUUUAAGAAUCUCGUAUGCCAUUUUCCACUCACUUAUCUUAAAUUUGUGAAUGCUAGUUAUUUUUUGUUGUUGUUUGAUGCAAGCAGUUACUGUGAAGUUUAGGAACCCCUGUUUAGCUACCACAGAGUGAGUAUGCACUAAAUAUGAACCUUUUGUUUCUUGUUUAUUGAGUUUGUAGGUAAAAUGUAUUUUUCUAUAUUAUGGCUUAUUGCUUAGUAAAAUUUAUUUCAUAAAACCAAUCUUUGUCAUAUUAGAAUGUGUAGUGUUCCAAUGCUGCUCAGUCUGACUAACUGAUAAAUCAUUUAAACCCCA